UCUUAAUCGUUAUUUCAAGGUAAACAGCUUGCGUUGACAGCUUAAGCUUGUGUAAGUCUGUAAACAGAAUAAAAACCGUGAUGUCAAAUCCCCUUGAAAACUAAGCUUUUGCUUUUUUUUUUCCUUGUCACUUUCCGAUUCAGUUGUUUUACUCUUUCUCCAUCUCGCUGGACAAAAUAGCCUUGAAAUGAUUACGGUAUCAUCUAUAGCUCGAAUCUUUUUUCCAUUCAGUGAGCGACAGCUCUUAUGUGUUGACGAAUCUGUUAGUUCUCAGUACCAAAAAUGUUUUCAUACCUUGAUAUUCCUAAUGUCCAGUACACUGAAUUGAUAUCUAUUUUGUUUCGAAUGGAAUCUUGCAGAGAUUCUACUACUAAAGUGCUGUUUAAUGACAUGUCAUUUCAAGGCAUGGCCGGUAUAUCAUACACAUUUUUUAAUGACGAUGAAAAUGAUCCACCAUCACCUCAAAUGUUACAUAGAGCAGCUUUGACCGGUAACAUUCAUCUUCUAAAACGUGCAUUAGAAGCAGGAAUAAGUGUUGAUGUUAAAGAUGAGGAAGGUACUACAGCUUUAAUAUUAGCAGCUCGCCAUAAUAACUAUGAAUGUGUCAAACUCUUAUUACAACAUAAUGCUGAUCCUCAAGCUUCCAGACAAACUGGAACAAAUAGCCUUUAUUUUGCUGCUCAAGGAGGAUACCUUCCAAUUGUAAGACUUUUACUUGACCAUAAUGUUAACAUCCAAGCAGCAGCAGUAGAUGGUGCCACUCCCUUUCUAAUGGCAUGUCAGUGUAAUCAUUUGGAUAUAGUUCAGGAACUUUUUGCACACGAUUCUACUUUUGAAGAAAAAAUGCUUGUGGAGCCUAUGCCCUUACUUAUAGCUGCUGAAUAUGGUCACUUACCCAUAGUUUCAUAUUUAAUAUCACGAGGAGCGGAUGUAAACCGAAAAAAUUAUGAAGGAACAACACCAUUAUUAAUCGCAUGUCAAAUGGGUCACAGAGCUGUAGUUCAAGAGUUAAUCAAUGCUGGAGCAAAUGUCAACCUUGCAAGAGAUGAUGGCUGUACCCCUUUGUACAAAGCUUCCCAUAAAGGUUUCCUACCUGUCGUGAAAUUAUUGUUAUCGAAGGGAGCCAACCAUGGUCUUCUACAGAAUGGAGAAAGUCCACUACAUGCAGCUGCUUACUUUGGUCACAUCAAUGUUGUAAAAGCCUUAGUCGAAGCUGGAGCUGAUCCUUUUCUUCAUAAUAAUGCUUAUUUGCUCCCACUUGACAAAGCCAAAGAAGGUGGGCGUUUUCUUGUUGCUCAGUAUUUGUCAAAGAUACCUCAAGUCUAAUUUAUUCAUUCAAUUGCUUCUUUGUAAAUAUGUCACGUACAUUAUAUUUUGUAAAUACUUUGUAAAUUUUUUGUAAAAAUAAAUAUUUAUUGAUGAA